AUGCUAAGAAAACACCACCUUCGCCUUAUCAUCUACGUGACAACUAUCUGUGUCGUCGUCAACAUCGGCCUGUCACUUUUAUCAAACGCUGUCAGCUACACACGUUUUGAUGACGUCAGCCUGCGCACAGAAGCCAAGCAAAUGGCCGCCAAAGCUAUCGCCAGCUUCGACUUUGACCUCGUAGAUUCCUCUAAAGCGUUGCUGUUCCACUCAUUGUUGGAGUGUGUCUUCAACAAGCUGGAUCAGACUCCGUCACCAGACAUUCUGGAGAAAGACUCCACCAAAUUUAAUCUCACGUUUCUGGGAGCAUUAGAUCCGGGGACUUUACAUAUUUUGAUUAAAAAAUUAAUGAAUCAAGUCAAUUCUAAAAUAUCGGUUAUUUCUUUUUUAACCCAACCAAUCAUAAACGAGCAUAAUUUUUCUUAUAUCCACAACCCAAAAGACGCAUGCGCAGACGAUCCAAUCAACGUUUUGUUUGUCGUCCCAUCAGCACCCACCAACUUCCAACGUCGAGAGAACGUCAGAGUUAGUUCCAGAGGGCGGUAUGUUCAAAACCCUCAAAACAAAGCCAAGCUUUUAUUUUUCAUCGGCAGACCAGUUGAAAAUAACGAGGAAGUACAAGAUCAAAUUGACGAAGAAUCUGAAAAGUACGGCGAUAUCGUUCAGGAGAGUUUUGUCGACGUGUACAGGAACAUUACGCUAAAGGCCAUGUCCAUGUUGAAGUGGACAAGCACCUUCUGCCAGCAGACCAACUUCGUCAUCAGAACUGACGAUGACGUGGAGAUUAACAUCAACAAAAUUCUUAAAAUUUUGAGAAGUAAACAAAGACAGUUCGGGGAUUUCGUUAUUGGGGAUAAAAAAGUUGAUUGGACCCCGAUUCGGGAUGAAUCCAGCAGAUGGUAUUUAUCUGAGAAGGAGUAUCCAUAUCCAUUUUUGCCACCGUUUGCGUUGGGUGGUUUGCUGGCGUACCCAGCUAGCACAGUGACUCUACUGUACCACGCAGCCAUGAGAUCGAAACCCAUCUGGUUGGAUGAUGUGUUCAUUACAGGGAUGUGUGCACCUAAAGUCGACGUACCCCUCCUGGGCCAUAGUGAGUUUGUUUUUAAACACGACGCGUGGUAG